CGCCGGCUGCGGGCGGUGGCGGCGGCGGCUGAAGGGCAACGGCGGCGAUGGGAGCUGUGGGCUGAUUGGGAAAGAUGGAAAGAGGGAGAGGAGGAGGAGGAGGAAGGAACCUAGGAGGCUCUGGCCUGCACAGGAGCAUUUAUUCCCAGUCCCAGCAGCAGUACCAUUACCCGGCCUCCUCCCAGGGGGGCUGCAUGGAGAUCCAGGAGCUGGCCUCCAAGAGGGUGGACAUCCAGAAAAAGCGAUUCUACCUGGAUGUGAAGCAGAGCUCCCGAGGCCGCUUCCUGAAGAUCGCCGAGGUCUGGAUCGGAAGAGGCAGGCAGGACAACAUCAGGAAGAGCAAGCUGACCCUCUCCUUGUCCGUGGCUGCCGAGCUGAAGGACUGCUUGGGGGACUUCAUCGAGCACUAUGCCCACCUCGGCCUGAAGAGCGGCCACGGCCUGCGGCACGAGCACAGCAAUGGCAAAGAGCAGCUCCCUCGGAGGCGCCAGCAGCACCCACCGCCCUCGCCUCCCGUGUCGGUGGGCUCUGAAGAGCACCCUCACAGCGUACUCAAAACGGAGUACAUCGAGAGGGACAACAGGAAGUACUACCUGGACCUGAAGGAGAAUCAGCGAGGGCGCUUCUUGAGGAUUAGACAGACCAUGAGCAGGGGACCUGGCAUGAUGGGCUAUUUUGGCCACAGCUUGGGACAGGAGCAGACGAUCGUCCUUCCAGCUCAAGGGAUGAUUGAAUUCAGGGAUGCUUUGGUCCAGCUGAUUGAAGAAUACGGUGAAGGGGACAUAGAGGAUCGCCGGGGGGCAGGCGAUGAGCCCCCAGAGCUCCCUGAGGGCACCUCUUUCCGAGUGGACAACAAGCGCUUCUACUUCGACGUGGGCUCCAACAGGUACGGCAUCUUCCUGAAGGUAAGUGAGGUGAGGCCACCCUACCGUAACACCAUCACGGUCCCAUACAAAGCGUGGACACGGUUUGGGGAGAAUUUUAUCAAGUACGAAGAGGAGAUGAGGAGAAUUUACAACAGCCAUAAAGAAAAAAGGAUGGAUGCCAGAGGGGACAGUGGUGAAGAGCAAGAGGGUCUGGAAUAGAGUGCAUUGGACUGGGCCAUCUGGCAAAUUAAACCGAGCAAAACAAGCAGAAAUUGGUGAGAGGGACUGACUUAAUAGUAAUUUCAAGCUGCCCCGUUUGUUUUGUAAAGCCCUUUUUUUUUCUUUUGUUCCUGGUAGUUUCUUGCUAACUCUACAAUGUGUAACGUUAGAGGAGUCUGGUUGUCACCUGAAAUUACACCCAAAACAUCUCCGUAUGUCUUAUGAAAGUACCAACCUCCCGAGUCCGUAGGAGUCAGCUGCUUCGAGUGUUGAAGACUGUGGAAGUACAUGCAUCAGCACAAAACAAAAAAAUCCACCACUCUGACCUUUAAAUAGUCUAGAUAAGGCUUGUGUUGCACUUCCAACGUGAUACAGAAACACCCAACCCUAAACCUUGUGCUGAAAUGUAUCGGGUUCUGCUUAGGAUGGGUUUUCCUGGCCUGGAUUCUGCUUGUCCUCGGUCAAAAGGCUGAGCAGCGUGGCCUGAGGGCAUCUGCAACAAAAAUCAACUGCUGCUGUGGGGAGGAGGAGAGGUAGAGAGGUUUGAAAGUUGGCAGCUGCUGAUCGUUGAGUUUGAAACAAAGGGUGAAACCUCAGUCACCGGUCAGAGCUUUGUAAAGGUGCUGGUUAAGAGUGGAAAAUGUGUUGUUCUUUUGCUGGUUUUGUGCUGAGUGAACAACCUGAGCAACCCCCCCACACACACACCCAACCCAAGACAGCAAAGCUCUGCCCCAGUGCUAAGCCUUCUGAAUUAGUGGCAACGAAUUAUAACCCACUCCUCAUCUCUGUGUUCUGCUCGUGCCAGGCUGCUGAUUUGUUUGGGGUUUGGUUUGGGUUUAUUUUUUUUGCCCAAAUUUUGAAUGCAUUUGUCCAAAAUUUCAAAAAGAUAUUUUUAUAUUAGGGGUGUUUUGGGUCUCCCACCAGGUGGCUGUGGGAAGGGUGCUUGGUGGUGGAGGGACCACUGCAACCGAGGCUUCCAGUUUCUCUCACUGGAUUUUAGGAGAACGUUCUUUGCAGUCAGAGUGUUGAGACACUGGAACAGGUUGCCCAGGGAGGUUGUGGAUGCCCCCCUCCCUGGAGAUGUUCAAGGCCAGGUUGGAUGAGGUCUUGAGCAACCUGGGCUACCAGAAGGUGUCCCUGCCCAUGGCAGGGGGGUUGGAACUAGAUGACUUUGAAAGUUCCUUCCAACCCAAACCAUUCUAUGAUUCAUAUGAUUCUGUGAUUAAUGUGGUUGUGAUGUUACCCACGUGAGGAAAACACCCAGGUGUUUUUCUCCUCACACUUGAGGAAGACCUUUGGGGGGUUUGGUGCAUCAUUAGAUUGGUAUCAAAAGGCAUCUCGCUCGUACUUACCCGAGGUGUGGUUUGGAAGCUGUGGUUUAACGCUGCCUUGGGUUUUCUGUCGUGUUGAUUUGUUGUUAGGACAUAAUGUCAGUGCCCUGCCAUCACCCCCUUCCCACCUGCUCAGAGCUGGGGCUGGCAUCACCCAACUUGAUUCCUGGUUACCCUCCCCCAGGUUUCAGCUUUGCCCUAUCAAAGUCUAAUACAAAUUUUACAUUUCGCAAUAUAGAAACCCUCUGCCUGGAGGGAGAAUGUCUACAGUUACCUGUUUAAGAGGUUGAAAAUUCUUAAAUUCUUGAUUAUUUCUUAAAACAUGAACACUUAACAAUGUAAGGGCCUUUUUCAGCCCCAAGUCUUUCCCCUCUGAAACCCGUGGGAGUUUGGUUGAGCUCCAGGUACUUCCAAGAAUGUGUUGCUCACCUUUAAGGUUGUUUUCGAGUAGGCAUUACCGUGUCUAAUCAGAUCUUUAUAAUCAUUCAAAUCCCUGUUUUUGUGCAGAGUGGCCUAGUGUGCAUAGGAACCAGCUAUUUUUCCAUCCAACCAUUCCAUUGGUUUUGGCUUUUUAAUCUGUUGAGGAAUGUAUUUUAUCUCCAACAGGACCGUUCAUCGCUCUUAGUCUGGACCCACCCGCACGCCGCAUGGCCACGCUCGAGCCGAAUGCUAUUACCUGUUAAUGUCAUUAACCUGAACAAGAAACGUUGGGGAGGCAGGGGUGGGAACCAAGAGGAUAAUCUGGACUUUAGUUUAGGUACUAAACCUCCUUGAUUUGUUUUAACUAAAAAAAAAAAAAAAAAAAAAAGAAAGAAAAAAGACAAAAAAAGAGAAAAAGAGAAAAAGUGAAAAAAAUAAUAAUAAAACAAAGCUUGCACCAAAGUCACCAAAGAACCUUUAGGAAAAUGUUACGGUUGUGACAAGAAGUAAGAAAGUUGAUUUCACUGUUUUAGGUGAUUCCCCCCUUUAGGUCAAACCACACAUUAGCAGUUACAGCCACCAAGCCUUUGGCUUUGUGUCAGAAACUCCUGUCCUUCUCGGCCUAGUUGGCUCUUUCAGGUACUCUUUCAACUCUUGGAGUGGUGUUCUCACUCCACCACUCAAACAGCUAGCGGACCGUGAUGAAUAAGCUGGAGGUUGAGGGGGUUACUGGUUCAUCUCUGCUCUUAGGGCUUUGGUCCCAAUGGUUUUUAAAAACAGGUCAAUUCCAAAACGAAACAAAACCCAAGGUGAAAAGAUUUCUACGUCCUCUUAUUGGUGUGAAACCAGAAUUUAGUGAAUGAGUCCUUGAUGCGUAACCUCAGCGUAUCGCUGACUGCUGCUGCCCAUCACAGUGCCUGGAGUUAAAAAAAAAUAAAUAAUUAACUUCUAUUCCAACAAA